CUAGAUUGUCGAAGUUAUCUUUCACCUUGUAUACAACAUGGAGUCCAGAAGAAGAUCAAGUCUCAGCGCUCUAGACAGACCCGACCAAUGGAUGCUCGAGCAGGGCAUGGCAGGUCAUGAGCUGCCUAUCCUUGACCAGUCUGGAAAAACCACCAUCAAAAUUUUUCCCCCUAAGCCGUCCGGAGUCGUGAAGGAUAAGAAGGCAAUCCAAGCAGUGGGUAAUCGUGAUAAGCUAUUUGCUCGCGAGCGAGAAGGCUGGGUAGGCUACGUUGAAUGGGAAAACUAUCCAAACAAGAAGGCCAAGGCCCACAAAAUUUUGACUUCACAAACGUUUGAGCCUUGUCCCGAUUUUCAAUGGGGUCCAAUCCCAGGGACCAAUCCUGUUCUCCCUGGCAACGAUUUCAAAGCCUGGCAUGCCGCCAUAGGUGGAGAACUUGCCCCUGUUGCCGACGACUCUUGGAAGACGGUGCUGAAAGAAAAACACCCUGAGAUGCUUCAUUUAUUGCAGUUCCCUUAUAAUGGGGAGCCACCAAAGCGUUUGGUGGCCGCAAAGGCAGUGACUCCAACCUCCCUUCAUUUUGUGCGCAACCAUGGCGGUAUUCCGAUUAUCGAUGAGGACAAAUUUGAUUUAAAGCUAGACGGACUUGUGAAGUCACCAAAAACGUACACCAUGAAAGAUUUGAUGGAUGAGUCCAGGUUCCCACGCGUGGAAGCAACAGUCACCAUACAAUGUUCGGGAACCCGCCGCAUCGAACAAAUUGCCUUAUAUGCCGGCCAGGGUGACGAAGUGCCACAAGCUCCAUGGGCCGAAGGAGCUAUUGGUACCGCACGGUAUAAGGGUAUUAGCUUGAAGAAGCUGAUUAAAGAUUGCGGCGGUCUGGUUGAUGAUGCGAAGCACCUCGAACUCUAUGGUGCCGAGACCUACGUUAAAGACCUAGAAGUGGGCAAUUAUGUCGUCAGCGUUCCUUGGUCUAAGGUCAAGGCUAACGAGGUUAUCCUUGCAUGGGAAAUGAACGGCGAGGUUCUUCCUAAAAUUCAUGGGUACCCGCUACGAGCGGUUGUGAUGGGCUAUAUUGGGGCUCGAAGUGUCAAGUGGCUAUAUCGCAUCAAAGCCCUCAAGAACCCAACUCUCGCACCUGUCCAAUCCAGGGAAUACCUCUAUUUCAACCAGCAGGUGGGCAAAUACAAUGUGCGUCCUAUAGACGGUAUCCAAAUCCAGGAGAUGCCAGUCAGUUCAGCGAUUAUGUCUCCGUGGACAAAGCAAGUGAUCAUGCACGACGGCAAAAUCCAUUGCAAGGGCUGGGCGUAUUCCGGUGGUGGUAGGUGGCCGGAGCGUGUGGAGCUUUCUGCCGACGGAGGUUUCAGUUGGUAUGCUGUACCGGAGGAGCAGCUUUCCAAGAAAGGUAAAUGGACUUGGCGAACUUGGGAAAUUGACUUGCCCUGCGACGUGGAAGGUUGGAUUGAGAUAGUUUGCAGGUGCUGGGAUAAUUCUCUCAACACACAGCCCUUGAAUGUGCGAGCGGCAUGGAACUGGGGACUUCACGUCACAUCUUCGGCCCACCGUAUCAAGGUGUAUAGUGUGAACAAAACUCGAAAGCUCACUCAGUUGAAGCUGUCGCAAUUCGAGAAAAACAAAGUCGAUUUGGCUCCUCUCACCCGUUACGACCCUGUUCCUGGAAUGACUGACGCGGAAUUGGGCGAAUACUGGGAGGCUCACCCUCGCGAUGUUGAAGUUUGAGGCUGGUCUACUCUUUUGAUGGAACGGACCUGCAGGCUUUUCAGGGAGUGUGGUCUAUCAGCGUUAUAACGAAAUUGGAUAUUAAGCAAAAACAGUUCGCUCACUAACCCGGAUUUGUCCCUUUACUUCUAUUUACAGCUAUACGUUACGUGUUUUCUGGUCAUGAGAUUCAACGUGCGCUUCUCAAAUGUGAUAAAAGUAAUUCAUAUCUUAAUUUGAUUUGCGGGGU